GUCGGGUUGACCGCGAGAAAGGGGCGUGAACGAGCGCCAGAGCGGUCAUUCUCCGAUGUGCAAACCCAAAUAAACAAGAAUCACAAUUUCUCGGGACACUUUUGUUCACAUUUGGCAUUUCGUGACAAUUAACUUUUUUUUUUUAAAUACUGGGAUUUGUGGAGCGGAGAAUGGCAGCUGAAGUGAAUGGCAGUUCUGCUCCAGUUAAGGAGGAAGACGAACCAAUGGACAUAACAGUAACACACACAGAGAACUACCAGACACUCAUAGAUGCAGGCCUUCCACAGAAAGUGGCGGAGAGCCUGGAUAAGAUAUUUCAGACUGGACUGGUGGCUUACGCUGACCUGGACGAGAGAGCCAUCGACGCCCUGAGGGAGUUCAAUGAGGAGGGAGCCCUGUCAGUGUUACAGCAGUUCAGGGAGAGUGACCUGUCACAUGUGCAGAACAAAAGUGCAUUUCUCUGUGGUGUGAUGAAGACAUACCGACAGCGAGAAAAGCAAGGAAGUAAAGUUCAAGAAUCCACAAAGGGUCCUGAUGAGACUAAGAUAAAGGCUCUUCUGGAAAGAACAGGUUACACUUUGGAUGUCACCACAGGACAGAGGAAGUAUGGGGGGCCUCCACCUGACGAGGUGUACUCAGGGGCCCAGCCUGGAAUCGGAACAGAGGUAUUUGUUGGCAAGAUCCCCAGAGACUUGUAUGAGGAUGAGCUGGUGCCUCUGUUUGAGAAAGCCGGGCCCAUUUGGGACCUGCGUCUAAUGAUGGACCCCCUUCUUUCGGGUCAGAACAGAGGAUAUGCCUUCAUCACCUUCUGCAAUAAAGAUGCUGCCCUAGAGGCCGUCAAGCUUUGUGAUAAUUAUGAAAUCCGGUCGGGCAAAUACCUGGGUGUCUGCAUCUCUGUCGCAAACAAUCGGCUGUUUGUUGGGUCAAUUCCAAAGAACAAGACAAGAGAAAGCAUAUUGGAAGAUUUCAGCAAAGUCACAGAGGGCCUCGUGGAGGUGAUACUCUACCACCAGCCAGAUGAUAAAAAGAAGAACCGUGGCUUCUGCUUCUUAGAAUACGAGGACCACAAAACUGCGGCCCAGGCCCGUCGCCGCCUCAUGAGUGGCAAGGUGAAGGUGUGGGGGAACCCUGUUACUGUGGAGUGGGCAGAUCCAGUAGACGAACCGGACCCAGAGAUUAUGGCAAAGGUAAAGGUGCUGUUUGUGAGGAACCUGGCCACACCGGUCACAGAGGAGCUCCUAGAGAAAACCUUCUCCCAGUUUGGGAAGUUGGAGCGGGUCAAGAAGCUGAAAGACUAUGCCUUUGUUCACUUUGAGGACAGAGAUGCUGCCGUGAAGGCAAUGCAACAAAUGAAUGGCAAAGAAUUGGAAGGCGAGGAGAUAGAGAUUGUUCUGGCAAAGCCUCCGGACAGGAAGAGGAAAGAGCGGCAGGCCCAGAGACAGCCAACUAGGACCACAGGAUAUGAUGAUUACUACUAUUAUCCUGCUCCACGCAUGCCGCCUCCCAUGCGAGGCAGGGGCCGAGGUGGGAGAGGUGGCUAUGCCUACCCUCCAGACUACUACGGUUACGAGGACUACUACGAUGAUUACUACGGGGGUGGUUACGACUACCAUGACUACCGAGGUGGCUACGACGACCCUUACUACGGGGGAUACGAUGAUGUCUACGUGCCGAGAGGAAGGGGGGGCAGGGUGAGUCGAGGUGCCCCCCCUCCCCCUAGAGGCCGAGGAGCACCACCCCCUCGUGGCAGAGGUGGCUACGUCCAAAGGGGGGCUCCUAUGGGUGUACCGAGGGGAAGCCGUGGGAGCCGGGGAGGUCCGCCCCAGCAGAGGGGCCGCGGCAUCAGAGGGGCCAGGGGAAACCGCGGGGACAACUUGGGCGGGAAGAGGAAGGCUGACGGUUACAACCAACCGGACUCCAAGCGCCGGCAGACCAACAACCAGAACUGGGGCUCCCAACCCAUUGCCCAGCAACCCCUGCAACAAGGUGGCGACUACUCUGGUGAAGACGCGAGAACGGCAGCGGGUUGAGUGAGUGAGGAACACAUCUAUUCUCUGCUGUGUUCUUCCCCAAAGAAGGGAUGCGUGUCCGAGGUGGCCCCGACCCAGUCUUGUCACGAUGUGGACUUGCUAGGUGGGGCUCCCAGACAGAGGCAGCUGUAAGGACUACGGGGUAAGUUUAGGAUGUUUUCUUCCCAAACCAUUGUUCUCUUUCACUGUCUUUCUCUCCCUCUGAUUCAGGUCUCACCAAAUAAAUCCCUGUGGGGAUUAAGAUGCAGAAAGAAAACGUCAGUGUCUGGGUGAGUUUAGGUAGAGAGAAAAGUACUGUAUCCCUCAAUACACAGUUAGAGAAGUUAACUUUGGAGUUGGAAGAAAUGAUGAGUUACUUGGAGAAAGAAUACAGUAUACGAUUCAGAAUACCAAAAAUAGUAAUUCUGUUCAUUAUCAUAAGCCUUAGUUUACAGAAACUUACUCUAGAGUCUAAACACUACUUUUAUCAAAUGUAAUGUGUCGUAAGGAUUAGCAAAAAUAGCUGCCUGUGGCAAUUACCUUUUAGAGGUGAAAACAAGAGCUCUGUCUCUUGUCUAAAGAACUACAGACCACAUUAUAAAUGCUUUGGGGUCGAGCUUGAAGCUGUUAGAGCUUACUCCAAUUGCAUAUCAGCUCCCAGUGUUGGAAUUUUUUCUCCCUGGAAUUACAUGUAUUGCUCUAUGAUUCUCUGGAAUACAAUUUGUUGCUCUAUGAUUCUCUGGAAUUCAAUUUGUUGCUCUAUGAUUCUCUGGAAUUCAAUUCGUUGCUCUAUGAUUCUCUGGAAUACAAUUUGUUGCUCUAUGAUUCUCUGGAAUUCAAUUUGUUGCUCUAUGAUUCUCUGGAAUUCAAUUCGUUGCUCUAUGAUUCUCUGGAAUUCAAUUCGUUGCUCUAUGAUUCUCUGGAAUUCAAUUCGUUGCUCUAUGAAUCUCUGGAAUUCGAUUCGUUGUUCUAUGAUUCUCUGGAAUUCAAUUCGUUGCUCUAUGAUUCUCUGGAAUUCAAUUCGUUGCUCUAUGAUUCUCUGGAAUUCAAUUCGUUGCUCUAUGAAUCUCUGGAAUUCGAUUCGUUGUUCUAUGAUUCUCUGGAAUUCAAUUCGUUGCUCUAUGAUUCUCUGGAAUUCAAUUCGUUGCUCUAUGAUUCUCUGGAAUUCAAUUCGUUGCUCUAUGAAUCUCUGGAAUUCGAUUCGUUGUUCUAUGAUUCUCUGGAAUUCAAUUUGUUGCUCUAUGAAUCUCUGGUAUUCAAUUUGUUGCUCUAUGAUUCUCUGGUAUUCAAUUUGUUGCUCUAUGAAUCUCUGGUAUUCAAUUUGUUGCUCUAUGAAUCUCUGGUAUUCAAUUUGUUGCUCUAUGAAUCUCUGGUAUUCAAUUUGUUGCUCUAUGUUUUGUAAAAAAAAAUCACGUCAAUGCCCAGUAGCUAAUUGAAUAUUUAUUAAUAUAACUUGACUUUUCCUAUUAUGGAGUUGAGAGAAAAAAAUCUGCAUUUUGCUGUCAUAGCAAAUUCAUAGCUCCAUUUAUAUCAUAGUAGCUAUAGACACUAAAAUGUUCAAAAGACCACCCAGUGGGCAAAACUUGGUUGAAAAGACAUCUUCUUCUGUUCACAAACUGGUUGAAAUGGACGUUGUUUUUUGUACAACUUUUUACCGACCAGAAUAUGAUUUUUUUUACUGACCACCAUAUGAGCAGUUGCCGAUAAUUAUCACCAUAAUUGUUAACUCUGACCACUAUAUUAUGUGGUCAUAGUUAAGACCUCAUCAUAACCUUAUAAUGCCCACCUGCUGCAAAAAGUAUUUCAGAGGAUAAAGUUGGAAAUUGAAUACAUUGUUUGUUACCUUUCUAUUUGUUUCCAUAGGCACCAAUGAAAGUUGAAAUCUGCAACAUAUUCUUAACUAGGCAAGUCAGUUAAGAACAAAUUCGUAUUUACAAUGACGGCCUACAGUGGGUUAACUACUUUGUUCAGUGGCAGAAAGACAGAGUUUUACCUUGUAACCUUGGGGAUUUGAUACAGCAACCUUUUGGCUACUGGCUCAAUUCUCUAACCACUAGGCUACCUGCCGCCCCCAUUAGAUCAAGCAGUGGCAAAAACAAAUCUACAUCACAAUAUUUUGCACAUCUGCAAACUGUAAUUGUUUCAAGAUUCACCCACAGACAUUACAUGCAUGGAAAGACUGGGACACAGAGUAUAUAAAGGCCAAAUUGCUUUUUGUAUUAAUGAUGAAUGUUAUGAUGGGGUAGAUCCUCGUCAAGGAUCUCUGAGCACAAAAAGCGAAUGUGAGCGUAGUGGCCUUCUUCAAGAGUGGUGCAAUGAGUCAGAUCUGCUGUGAAGAGAAUCAGCUUCAUCACGGCAGUCAGGGGUGUAUUUUAGGACUUUCCAGAGGGCCCACAACAAAUCAACCUCCUGAGUUUUCUGGCUUUUCAUGACACUUACUGUAAGCAUAAAAAGAGAAGAAAAUAAAUUACCUAUUGGCAUAAUGUAGACAUGCAAGACACCACAGAACAGUAAUGCUGUAUAUUUAACAGUCAGAAUCUACAAAAAAUGUCUCGUUGUCUAUGUUAAAUGUCUCAACUGCUCACAUUUAACUUAGCAACUACACUAGUGUGCACACGAGUGGUAGCAAAGGCAUUUUCUCCUCUGUCCACAUUGAAGAUCAGAUUACAGUAGAAAAAAGGCUUCAAAAAGGGUUCUUUGGCUGUCUCCAUUGGAUAACCCUUUUUGUUUCCAGGUAAGGGUUCUACCUAGAACCAAAAGGGUUCUACCUGGAACCAAAAAGGGAUUCUUUAAAGGGUUCUACUGUAGGGUCUACCGAAGAACCAUUUUACGUUCUUUUUUUCUUAGUGUGUAUCAUAGUCGAUGGCUAUAGAUUUAAGGAGGGGUGGUUCUCUCUCCUUUCCUUGGGAUGUGGCAGAAUAGGUCCCUGUUAACUGAGUGGGUGGCUAAGCACUGCAGUAGAGGCCAGGCAUAAGGUCAUUGACAUGUUUCAGGAACUGUAAAGACAUAGAUGAAUCAUUAACCAUGAUUAUCCAUUAGAUAAUCAUGGUUAAUGGUCAAAUGGCACUACUCCUGAAAAAGGUCAUCAGGCUGCGACGUUCACAUUACAUUAUGCCCACGUUGGAGGAUGUUCUUUACAAGCUUCCGAAGGCCAGAGUCUUCACGCUCUUGGACGCCAGAGAUGCCUUCCUGCAGUGCAAGCUCAACGAGCCCAGCAGCUACAUGACUACCUUUUGGACACCCUGGGGCUGGAAGAGGUGGUUGAAGCUUCCGUUUGGGGUCUCCGUGGCUCCAGAGGUGUAUCAGCACGAGCUGUUGGUGGAACAGCUCGUGUUGGUGGAACCCAUGGCAGAUGAUAUCCUCGUAGUGAGCUAUGAGGACAGUGAUGAGGAGGCAGAAUGUGACCAUGAUGCCAAGCUGCUGGCCCUGAUGGUCAGAUGCAGACAGGUCAAGCUAAGGCUAAGCAUAAAAAAGCUUCAGUUUAAAGUGCCAGAGAUCCGCUUUCAUGGGCACAUCUUGUCCUCCACCAGAUUGAGGGUGGAUCCUGAGAAAGUGAAGGCUGUCUUGGAAAUGCCCCAAAUUCAUCAACGUGUCACACCACUUUGCAAUGAGCUGGAGGCAGUAUGCAUUUUGAAAACAUACACUUAAUUGUUUGAAACCUGAAGGUUUUACUACAUAUUAUGAGGCAAGCAGGAGGGCCAGCCUGUGGCAUUCGCCCCUAGGGCACUCACUCCAACAGAGCAGAACUAUGCCCAGAUAGAGAAGGAGUGCCUCAGCAUUGUGUUUGCAUGCCAACGCAGAUCACAAGCCCUUAUUGCUAUAUUCAGCAAGCCUCUCCUGAAUGCCCUGAAAUGACUGCAAAGCAUGCUACUGGCCCUACAAAACUACAACCUCAAGCAGAGACAACAGCAGAGACAACGAUCAAACACUGCAAGGCUCAGUUUGCCAGUUAUAGUCAUUCAGAUAGGGUAAUUUCAGAUAAUGGACCCCAAUUCUCUGAAUUUGAGUUCUGAAAAUUUGCUGCAGAAUGGGAAUUCGAGCACGUCACCUCAUCACCACGACACCCAAAAGCUAAUGGGAAGGCAGAGUCGGCAGUCAAAAUCGCAAAGAACCUCUGCAAAAAAGCUCUGCGAGAGGGCAAAGAUGCCUGGAAAGCAAUCCUGCAGUGGCGCAAUACCCCGACAGAAGGCUUGGAUAGCAGCCCGGCCCAGCGCCUCAUGACACGGCGCUUAAAAGCAGCUCUGCCAGCACUCUCUUGGAGCCAUGUGUGGUGACAGAUGUGCUGUUGAAGCUACUUCACAGAAGACAGGUAUCCAAGUUCAUCUAUAACAAAUCAGCAAAAGACUUACCUGAACUCAGGGUGGGUGAAACAGGGACAGGAUGGGCCUCUGGAGACUCGGAUCCUGUGUACAGAAAGUGGCACCAUACUCCUACUUGCUCAAAGUGAAUGGAUCACUGAACCAUCGUAACAGGGUUGACCUUCGGAUUGCUGAGCCUACACCUACUCAGACCCCUGAUUGUCAUAGGGGUCGCAUGACAAAAGACGGAACCCCAGCAAGUCACAUGGGGCCUUGAGGUACUGGGCAAAAUGCCAGGUGAUCACAGGUCGGCCGCUCCCUCGCCCAUCAAUGCUCCCCUUAGACAGUCAGGUGACACGCCUGUGCGGGAACCCGCAGUCCUCGCAGACAAGCCCCCUGUCUUUUCACGCUACGGGUGUAAAAUGGCACGGUGAUGCCAUCUGUUGGUAAAUGUUAAUUACUUCAACUCCAGUGUUUUUACCGUUGUGCUUGAGAUAUCCGGAUCUAUUGCAGUGUACUGAACAAGACUGGUAACUUGCAUCAAUGCGGAGACCAGAGUAAUACGAUUCUACCGGAAUCGGAAAGUGCUCGGCCCGCAUGAAGCUCCUUGAGUCCGAGUCCAUCCCUAGUCCCCUGAGUGUCAAACGGAAUAUCCUCGAGCCCAGUGUGUUGACUGGGUACACUAUGCCAUGAGACCCUAACCCAAUUUGGUGCACUCUGCCAGCUAUUGUUUGCCAACUGUGUUAAGCCGAGUCAUGCAAAACCUGCUGAAAAAUAAGAUUUGAAUAAUUGUAAAGGUUCUAGUGUCUUAUAUCCAAUGGGUGCAUGGCAGAGUUUCCUUUAAGAAAAUGUGGCACUGGACAUUUGACUGGCAGCAUUUUAAUUUACCGGACCUAGAUGCAUUGGGUGCGUAACCUGAUCAGGGCAUCCACCCACGGUUCUCCGAAAUCACAUUUCAAUUAUGGUAAUUAAUAUCAACAGAACAUGCAACAGAACAGAACAACAGAAAAGUUGACCUAUUUUAUUGGUCAGUUUGUUGAGAAAGAAAUAGCCAAUUCCAAACAGACUCUAGGACAGUUGUGAGACGAUAGAUCCCAAAUUCAUACAACCAGUAGGCCUAAGCAAAAAAUAAAUAAGAAAACGUUAAAAAGCAAUGAGUCUGAUUUAGCUUAAAAUGUUGAUGAACUAUUAUUUCUUCACAUUAUAAGCACAGCAAUGCGCACAAGGCAGUAGGCUAUGCACGAAUGUUCAUUCCAUAAUGCAAUUUAAUGGAAAACAACAUUGUCAAAGUGCACCACACAUGCGAACAGUUUCAUGUGACAGGGAUGAAAAUAUCUGUUAAAAAUUUAGAAAGCGGGGAGAUCUAAUAUGCAACAACUAGCAUGGGUUGACAAUAUGAUUAGAUUGUGCCUUUGACCACCAGACAAUUAAAUAAAGUUGAUAUAAAAUAAUUGCCUUCACAGAUAUGGUCAGAUUUUGGCUAGGCCACUUCGAAGCAAGGUAAGACAUGCCUCAUAAUAUGCAGUAAAACCUUCAGGUUCCAAACAAUGAAGUAUAUGUUUUCAUAAUGCAUACUGCCUCCAGCUCAUUGCAAAGUGGUGUGUGACAUGGUGAUGAAGUCGGCCUUCAGUGUGCAUUUGCUGUUUGAGAUGCUGACGCAGCAGCUCUCCCGCUGUCUUGACAGAUUUUCGGUUCGAAAGGCUAUGUAUCUGUAUGCUUUACUCAUGUGAUAAAUAAGAUACAUAACGAAUAUACUCUACACACGCGCCAAUUUAAUUAGAAAAAAAUAUGCUAAUUAACUUAUAGACUGAUAAGCAUAACCUGUCAUUUCCAUCGACUGGUAUUCCCAUCAAUUGGCUAAAAAGCAUUAUUUUGCAAUGGAAUUUUUUCUUCUGGACAAUUGGUCGGUGCCAAUUAUAUUUAUCGUCUUUUUCAUUUUUUAACGGCCAAAAACCGGCUAUUACCGGCUAAAGGAAGCCCUGGUGCAUGGCCCACAAACACUAUGCACAUGUUUAUAUAGAUUGGUGUCUAUAAAUUGUGUAGCAUUUAGGUAACUGGUCAGUAAUUCCAUCAGAUUUGAACCAUAAACCAGACGUAAACCAAAAUAUUUAAGAAAGACCUCUUAUUCUGGUUGUGAUCUGGUUAUAAGACAUCCCAACCAGAUUUCAACCAGAAAAAUAUAUACUACCGUUCAAAAGUUUGUUGUCAUUUAGAAAUGGCCUUGUUUUUGAAAGAAAAUCACUUUAUUUUGUCCAUUAAAAUGACAUCAAGUUGAUCAGAAAUACAGUGUAGACAUUGUUAAUGUUGUAAAUGACUAUUGUAGCUGGAAACAGAUGCCUCACAAGUCCUCAAAUGGCAGCUUCAUUAAAUAGUAUCCGCAAAACACCAGUCUCAACGUCAACAGUGAAGAGGCGACUCCAGAAUCUUGGCCUUCUAGGCCACUAUUCAUCCAUGGCAAAGAUUCUGUAAUUAUAUGUCUCGCCUUUCAUCUGUGUUUGGUGUUAGCUAGUUACUGGCUAGAUAGGUCUUCAGUCAGCAUGGGACAAAAGGAAGGGGGGGGGGUCGUUUAAAACUCUGACGCUGUUUUCAUAUCAACACAUCCGUCAGUGCUGCAGUGAACUGCAUCACAAGACACAUGCCAAAUGAUUAUGGGUGAUAUUUUAGUCAGUCAAAAGGAUUAUUUUACAUAGGAAUCAGAAUGACUGUUCGGAACCUUUAAAUGUGGCGGUUCGCACUUUCAGUUUCUGGUUUGGAUAAGUUCUAAUCGUCACAGUGAGAGCUACAUCCUCUACAUUGUGAUGAACCCCGUCACUGAGUCUGUAUACGACGAUACUAUUCUCAGAGGCGACCCGGAACAUUUCCCAGUCCACGUGAUCAAAACAAUUUUGAAGCAUAGAUUCCGAUUGUUCGGACCCACGUUGAACAGUCCUUACCACGGGUGCUUCCUUUUUACGUUUCUGCCUACAGGUGGGGGGAGCAGAAUGGAGGUGUGAUCUGAUUUUCCGAAGGGAGGGUGGUGGAGGGGGUCUUUCCCACGAUUCUCGCCAAACUCGAAUUUCCUUCAUGAAAAUGUUGAACAGAUUUAGCAGUACUCACAAAGUCCAAUUUGAGAGGAGACUGUUUUUUUAUUCAAGUCAGAGUGAAAGCCAUAAGUCAUUCAUCAAUAAAAAAAUUAAAUGAAUUUAA